AUGGGUUUCAACGCUUCAGACAAGACAACGGGUGAACACUGCGAGGUCACUGACCCGGAGAUGUUGGAUGACCCCAAGUCUCAGAACAACUACAUUGAUGAUUAUGUCCCAGACACGGAGGAGGAGCGCGCCCUCGUUCGCAAGAUCGAUCUUUACAUUUUGCCAACCAUGUGGCUCAUGUACUUGUUGAGUUACAUGGACAGAACCAACAUCGGCAACGCAAAGAUUGGCGGCAUGGAGAAGGAUCUUGGUCUGGAUUCGGGCAAAUACUCCAUUGCCCUGGUCGUGUUUUUUGUCGGCUACGUCCUUUGGGAAGUUCCAUCAAACAUGAUUCUGGCUCGUACCAAGCCUUCAAUCUUCCUUCCAGCCAUCAUGUUCUUUUGGGGAUGCGCUACCAUCGGAAUGGCAUUCAUCAACACAUACGAGGCUUUGGUCGGAUUGAGAGUCUUGGUCGGUCUUCUCGAGUCGGGUUUCGCUCCUGGAAUGCUCCUCCUGCUCUCGAGUUGGUACAAGCCUGAAGAACAAGCACGACGAUUCGGUGUCUACAUUUCAGCUGCCAUUCUCUCUGGAGCAUUCGGUGGUCUGAUUGCUGGUUCCAUCACCAACAACCUAAAUGGUGCUCAUGGCUUGGCCGGAUGGCGAUGGCUCUUCAUUGUUGAGGGCGCCGCCACUGCUGGCUGGUCCAUCAUUGCAUCCUUCAUUCUCAUGGACUUCCCCGCCAACACGAAGAGACUCUCCGAACGCGAGCGAGCACUGGCCAUUCGACGACUCCAGGCCUCGAACGCUAGGGUUGACACCGAAGACACUCCCAAGCUGUCUCACCUUCAGGCCCUCAAGGUCGCCCUGACUAACUGGAGAGUGUGGCUGUUUGUCGUUGGUUACAUGGCCGUUGUCGGUUCCUCGACUCUGUCUUACUUUUACCCGACACUAGUCGCUGGUCUCGGUUACUCCACGGUUGUCGCCCAGUACAUGACCAUCCCCAUCUACGUUGCGGCCUUUAUCGUCACCAUCAUCGUCGUGUUUUUCAUGGACAAGUAUCCCAAGUGGAGAGGUUUGGUCCUGGCCUGCGCCAUGGGCGUGGCGUGCCUGUGCUCCAUCAUUACUUGCGUUGUCUACGACUUCCACGCCCGGUAUGCUCUGCUGGUCAUCAUGGCCUCUGGUCUCUGGGCCUCCAACGGUCUCUCCCUCGCCUAUGCCUCUUCCACCUUUUCAACCAUGUCCGCCGAAGUCCGUGGUAUCAGCUUGGCCUUUGUCAACGCUAUGGGUAACCUUGCCCAGAUUUACGGAUCCUACCUUUUCCCUUCAGUUGAUUCUCCCAAGUACCUCAUGGGCUUUGGAGUCAUUUCUGGACUUUGCUUCACCGGUGUGGCCAGCUACCUGGCGCUCUUCAUCUGGCUCAAGCGAUAUCCCCAGAAGAACUAA